AAAUUAUCUCAAAUCUAAAAUUCAUUCCGCUUUCUAUAUGAGGUCUGGUCCUUUUUUUAAGCCACCGUAAAACGUCUGAGAGCAACUGGUGCCAUCUCACACCAUGGGAGUAAUUCAGGUCACCAAAGUCACCCCAUCUUCUCACUCCCCAAAAUCAGCCUCCGACUUCUCUCUCCCGCUCACUUUCCUGGACAUUUUUUGGUUCAAGUUCCCCCCUGUCGAGCGCCUCUUCUUCUAUCGCCUUCCUGACAUAAACCAUAACUUCUUCAACUCAGAGGUCCUCCCCAAACUCAAAACUUCUCUGUCUCUUACUCUCCUCCAUUUCCUCCCUCUAGCCGGUAACCUCACUUGGCCCUCACCUGAUGCUGCAAAACCCUUCAUCCGCUACACUCCAAACGAUGGGGUUUCUUUCACAGUUGCAGAGUCCAACGAAGACUUCGACCGUCUGUCCGGUAGCCAAACCUACGAAGCUAACGAAUCACAUCAUUUGGUACCUCCAUUGAAGGUAUCUGAUGAUACCGCAUCAAUCAUAGCUUUGCAGGUCACACUAUUUCUGAAUAAAGGGUUUUGCAUCGGCAUAACAACACACCAUACAGUUCUUGAUGGUAAAAGUACGGCCAUGUUUGUUAAGGCUUGGGCUCAUACAUGUCGGCAAGGUGAGAAAGGAAACUCUUCUUCAUCAUUACCGAUUGAGUAUACCCCAUUUUUUGACAGGAGUGUAAUCAAAGAUCCAUCUGGACUAGAUAUCUUGUACUUGAACCAGUGGCUAGCUUUUACGGCCUCUUCAGAUUCAAGAAGUUUGAAGGUGCCACAAAAUCUAGGAGUUGUCCCUCAUGAUUUGGUUCGAGCAACGUUUCAACUAACUCGUGAAAACAUCAAGAUACUCAGAGAAAUGGUUGUGUCUAAAUGGGAUAAGUCAAAGCCACCAAUUCAUCUGUCAACUUUUGUGCUGACACUGGCGUAUACAACAACUUGUAUGGUGAAAGCAAGAGGAGGAGAAACUGACAGAAAUAUAGUCUGGGGGUUCGCAGCUGAUUACAGGAGCCGUUUAGACCCACCUGUGCCAGAAAAUUACUUCGGAAACUGCGUUGGUCCACGCUGGCAAGCUGUGAGAGCAAGAGACUUCAUGGAUGAAAACGGGUUGAACUUUGCAGUAGAGAAGUUGACCGAUGAGAUUAAGGAUUUGGAAAAGGGUCAGGUUCUUGAAGGAGCAGAAAAUAAAAUGUCUAGCGUCCUGGAUUUGGUUAAGGAAUCUACAGGAUCCGUGCAACUUAUUGGUGUCGCUGGAUCGCCCCGUUUCAAUGUUUAUGAGUCGAAUUUUGGGUGGGGUAAGCCAGAAAAGGUGGAGAUUGUGUCCAUAGAUAGAACUGGAGCUAUCUCUUUGGCUGAGAGUGCAGAUGGUAGUGGUGGUGUUGAGAUUGGGUUGGCUUUAAUGAAGCAUGAAAUGGAGAUUUUUGCUUCUUUUUUUAUUCAUGGUUGUAGCUAGAUACCUAAGCAUUUAACAUGAAGUGGACCAAAUCAAAUUCCAAAUUAAAAUACUCAUAUAGAGUCGGAACCCAUCCCAAUUAUACAUUACUUGAAUUACCUUGUUUAAUGUUAGUUGGAAGAUGUUCAAUUAAGCUCCAUGUUAGAA